AGAAUGAUCAAAGACAACUGUCAUGUCACUUUGUGAUGUCACAAAGGCUAAUAGCUUGCUCUCAUUCUGUACUCUAAGGUCUUAAGACAGACACUAGUUGGUUAGUGCAAGAUUACGAAACGCCAGGUUUUAGCCAAACGACUCGUCUAAACGAACGUCUAGCAAAAUUAUCAGUAAGGUGUCAUCAUUUCUUAACGAUAAGAAAAUGAACAGAGGAAGAGGUUUCACUAUGCAGGCCCUGGGCUCUAUGUGGCAACCAAAAGAAACAAGGGAUUACCUUGUGGAGGACAAUGAAGAAGAGAUCGAGGAAGAGAUCGAGGAAGAGAUUGAGGAAGAGAUCAAGGAGGGCUUGAAAUACCUCACGGGAAAAGAGAGAGCACAGUUGGAUGAAAUUUUGAUACUUGAAGAGGGCAUUCAGGAGCAGUCCAUUGCAUCCAACAGAGAAAACUACUCUUACACUCCCUCCGGUGAGGAAGCUGAAAAUAGUCAGGAAUAUGACUGGCUUCAGGAAAAAGGUAUCAAUUUAUGUAUAGAUCUAGAGGAGGAAGACGAGCAAAUAGCAAACACUGCUGUUGAGGAGGCCUUAGAGCAGGAACAACAAACUACAUCUCAAAUAAAAGCAGCUCUGGAGCGGGAGCAAAAAGCAAAGGCUGCUCUUGAGGAGGCCUUAGAAGAGGAACAACAAGUUACAUCUCAAAUAAAAGCAGCUCUGGAGCAGGAGCAAAAAGGAAAUGCUGCUCUUGAGGAGGCCUUAAAGCAAGAAAAACAAGUUACAUCUCAAUUAAAAGAAGCUCUGGAGCAGGUGGUAAAAGCAAAUGAUAUUUUUAAAAAGGCUGUGCAGAAGGAGAAAGCUGAAAAAGCUUGUCUUCAUGAUGAAAUGGAGCAAUUGAAGACACAAAUGGCUGAUCUUUCAAAGUCACUUGAACACCACCAGCACAGCAACAAAAAGCUGAAAGCAAAAAUUAGUAAAAUGGUGGCUGAUCAUGAGGAGGACAGUAAAAGGACUGAAAAGCUUGAGGAGCUCAAUCAUAAUUUGGAGUUGUCCUGUAGUCAGCAUGACAAAGAAAAAGAUGAGUGUGAGGAGAGGCUUCUUCUCCAAAUCAAGGAACUUGAGGAGCAUCUCAUCCAGAUGGAGAAUGAAAGCCUGUGCAAAGACAAUGAAAUUCAAUCCUUGCACUUCAGUAUUCAGAAUCUUCAAGGUGAUAUUGAAACCAAGGACAACAUUGUUUCCUCACUGCAACAGAAGGUCACCCAGUUGGAAUCAGACCUCAAGGAGAACCAGUCAAAGAUCUGUAGACUCCAGAGGAAGUGUGACAAUGCAGUCUCCCAGCAGCAGAAGGGGGCAGAGGAACUGCAGCACCUGACUCAAAAAGAACAACAACUGGUUUCUGAGAAGAAGAAGCUGCAGAGUGAUCUUGAGGCCGCUCUAAAUGAGAAGGAGAUUGCUGUAAAUCAGCUUCAGGAAGCCAGAGAAGGUUGCAAUGGCAAUAAAGAGGCCAUUAACAAGGAAAAGCUCCGGUUCAAGAGAGCGUUUAACAAGCUGCAGAUGCUGGAAGCAGAGCUCCAGGAGAAGAAUGUGGCUUUAGAAAAGAGCCUGGUGGCUGAAAAAUAUUUGAAGUCCUCCCUCGAAAAUGAGAAGAAGCGCUUCGAGCAGAUAGUUUCACAAAUGCCGGCUGCAACAAAUCCUCCAAUGUUCCUCAGUAACCAACUAGGAGGAGCCCCUGCAUCCUCAGAGCGCAUGAUGUACGACAUGCAGACACUGCAGAUGGAAAAUGCAGAUAUCCGGGCUAAAUACAGGGCCAUGGAGACCGAAUAUGACAAAAUUAGGGCUAAAAACCACUCUCUUACUGACCAAUAUGAAGAACUGGUGUCAAAAAAAAAUGCCAUCAUCUCUGAGAAUCAAGCCGCCAUUGUUAAGUUUGAGAUCACAGUGAAUGAGCUCAAAGCGUGCCAGUCAGAGAGCAAGAUGAGAGAGAAGGAGCUUGAAGACACCCUGAAUCGAGAGAGGGGAAGAAACUCAAAGUUGCAGCAGAGAGCUGAUGAAAUUGCCACUGCUCUCCAAAAGCAACAGACCACCUCUGAGAAGCACCGUGCUGAGCUCAAGGAAGCUUUGACCAAGCAAAUAGAACUAAUGGAAGAACGGCAGAAAUUGUCCGUGGCUCUCCAGCGAGCUCAAGACAGCAACGCCAGGCUUCAUGAACAACAGCAGGCAGAGGCAACGUACCAGUUCAGACAACUCAACGACACUGAGCUCAAGUGCGAACAGCAGAAAACUGCCCUGGACGAGAGUAAAACAGCUCUGAAUGGGCUGCAACAAGACUACGCCGAUCUAGCGAGGAGGCACAGUGACGUCAAUUCCAACUAUCGCGAACUGUUAAAAAGUCACAGCGACCUCCGAGUGAGAUACGAGCGACUCAGCUACGCACAAGGAAACCCUCGGCCAGAGUUCAACCCACCUCCGUUCAGCUACACACAAAGCAACCCCCAGAGGAGAUUCAACCCACCUCAGUACAGCAGCUACCAUGGGAAUAUGUUCAGUCGCCCAGUAGAAUCAUUCACUGUUUAAUCUCAAAUUAGGACCGGGCGAUAAAAUGAUAGAUAUAUGUGCAGGCAAUAGACAAUUCAUCAAUAGCAAUAAGAAAAGUUUUCAGUAGAAUGUUCAAUAGCUUUACUUAAAUGCAUAGCUAACUCAAAUACUUUCAACACACACUCAAGACUUAAUCAGCUUUACACACACUGUACUCCACUCUUUAAGUGCCAUGCCACCCAUUUAGUUCUUUCUUUGUGUGUGUAUGUGUAGUAGACAUUGUUUAGUUUGUAAUUGUGUUGUAGACAUUGACAUUGUUUGUUUGUGAUUGUGUAGUAGACAUUGUUUACAAUAUUUACUUUGCAAAUAUUGUAAACAAUGUCUACGUCAAUAGCUUGUAACUGUCUUGUCAUGAAUCAAUAAAAAUACAGCAAUGCUACUUCUUGGACACAGUGAUUCCUUAGUUUAUUAGACCUAUUUCCACUGCUGGAUUCGGAUCAUUUAUAUAAGUGAAAGUACAAAUACCACACUAAUAGAGUUGCAAUGAUUAUUCAAUU